AUGGCCAAGUUCUUUGCAGUGGGAGCAUGUAGGGGGAAUCCAUGGGUAAGCAACAUCAACCAAAAUGACUUGACCAUCUGCUCUGCCAAGCUCAAUAACNUCANGAAGGGGUUUAGUGAGAUCCACUUCAACCUUGACAUGAGCAAGAUGAAGGCUGGUAAGGUUAAUAGUGAAUUCAUCCGUUUCUUUUGGUUCUCCAAUGAGGCCAGCAACCNAGCUCNACCCUUCUAA